AAUAUUUUUUAGUUUGGCAGUUUUAGUUUUAAUUGAAGCUCAACUCUAGUCGCACACGGAAAUCAGAUGUUAAUGAAGUGUUGAAUGUGGAAGAAGAAGAAGUGGAAAUUUAGUUUCAAAGUGACGCAGUGGUACACACACACAUUUACAAUUACAUACACAUAUUUACGGGUUAACCAAAGCAAACGGUAUGCAAUGCGAAGUUGUUGGUGCGCCUGAGUGUUUGCUACUCUAAACUAGAUAAAAUCACUAAACAAGUUCUCGCUCAUCAUUCAUUUCUGUGUGUUUUGUGUGUAAAUUAUUUGGUGGCACUGUUAGUCAGCCAAAUUUUAGUAACUUUUCGUCAAUUUGCUUCCAUUGCUGCUUCACCAUGACAACAGCAAGCAUCGCGAAGAGUCUCUUCCCUGUCUCCGUACCCUGGUAUUCAUCGAAGAUGAUUCAUUGGUCAUUAAUAGUGAGCUUCAUUGGAUUGCUGACAGCUGCUUUGGGCGCCUAUUGCGGCUGGUUCCUGUUUCCCAGCAUGGUGGACAAGAAGGUUGAAGAGAGUGUCAUUAUUGCGGAUGGCUCAGAACAGUACAAGCGGUUCGUGCAACUGCCCCAGCCGUUGACCUUCAAGGUGUAUAUCUUCAACGUAACCAAUGCACAAAAGAUUCAACAAGGUGCCAUACCCAUUGUAGAGGAGGUUGGGCCGUACGUAUACAGACAAUAUCGGCGCAAAAAAGUGAAACACUUUUCACGCGAUGGCUCUAAGAUCAGCUAUGUGCAGGAUACACGUUUUGAAUUUGAUGAGGAGGCAUCUGCGCCCUACACCCAAUCCGAUCGUAUUGUGGUGCUUAAUAUGCAUAUGAAUGCGUUUUUACAAGUAUUCGAAAGAGAAAUUACUGAUAUCUUUCAGGGUUUCGCGAAUAGAUUAAAUCACAGGCUCAACCACACACCAGGCGUUCGUAUAUUGAAACGUCUGAUGGAGCGCAUACGUGGGAAACAGCCUUAUAAGUGGUUGAACAGCAUUUUUGCCGACAUAUUAAAUGAUGUAAAAUCGGUGCUGCAGAUCGGGGAAAACGAUCCGGGUUUAUCGCUGUUGCUGGUUCAUUUAAAUGCAAAUUUGAAGGCCGUCUUCAAUGAUCCAAAGUCAAUGUUUCUCGAUACAACAGUGCGUGAGUUCCUCUUCGACGGUGUGCGUUUCUGCAUCAAUACCAAUGGCAUUGCCAAGGCGAUUUGCAACCAAAUCAAAGAGGGUGGCUCCAAGACGAUACGCGAACUGAGUGAUGGCAGUUUAGCCUUCUCGUUCUUCAAUCACAAGAACGGUACAGGUAAAGAAGUGUACGAGGUGCAUACCGGUAAAGGUGAUGCCCAGCGUGUGCUCGAGAUACAAAAGCUGGACGAUUCACAUAAUCUGCAGGUGUGGCUAAAUGGUUCCGAAGGCGAAACUUCUAUGUGUAAUCAGAUUAACGGCACCGAUGCUUCAUCGUAUCCGCCAUUCCGCAAACGUGGCGAUUCAAUGUACAUCUUCAGUGCGGACAUCUGUCGUUCGGUGGAAUUAUUCUAUCAGAGUGACAUACAAUAUCAGGGCAUACCGGGUUUUCGAUACUCAAUCGGCGAGAAUUUCAUCAAUGAUAUCGGUCCUGAGCACGACAACGAAUGCUUCUGCGUCGAUAAACUGGCGAAUGUGAUAAAACGGAAGAAUGGUUGCCUAUACGCAGGCGCUUUGGAUCUGACAACGUGUCUGGAUGCUCCGGUAAUAUUAACAUUGCCACAUAUGCUGGGCGCCUCCAACGAAUACACGAAGAUGAUACGUGGCUUGCGACCGGAUGCGAAGAAGCAUCAAACAUUCGUGGAUGUACAGCAUCUCACUGGUACUCCACUACAAGGUGGCAAGCGCGUCCAAUUCAACAUGUUCUUGAAGAGUAUCAACCGUAUAUCCAUAACCGAAAAUUUAAGCACUGUUUUGAUGCCGGCAAUUUGGGUGGAAGAGGGCAUUCAACUCAAUAGCGAAAUGGUUGCAUUUUUCAAAAAGAAACUUAUCAACUCUCUAAAGACGCUUAACAUCAUACAUUGGGCGUCGCUGUGUGGAGGCAUCGGAGUCGCAGCUAUAUGUCUAAUAUAUUACGUAGUGCAACGUCGGCGGCCGGAAACGGAAGUGGCGCCACUUAAAUAAAAAUAAUAACACAAAGCUAUAUCAGCUUAUAGUUAUGUAUAUUACGGAUACGAUAUUUUAAUACCGAAUUUAAGUUUGUUACUCUUUAUUUAAUUUAAUUUACUUAAUUUUUAAAUUAUCUGUAUGAUUCCAUGUACCUUAAAUUGUUUAUGUUUGUGCGUGUAUGUUGGCGCACACAUCUUUGUAAAUAUUUCAAACCUUAUUAUA